AGCUACUAGUAGUGACGCAGACGCUAAAGUAGUUAAUAGUUAUAAAAAUUAUUAAAAAAAAUCAGCUGUAGCUUGGCUUGGGGAGGCUGGGAGGCGACAGGAAGCUCUCAUUACACUUAUGGAUUCCGUAAAACGAUAAACUAAACAAAUCUAAUCUAAGAUGGAUCUGGCGGAAACGAUGAAAAAUGUGCUCGCUAAAGGCAUUCAGCAAACUUCUGUCAGUGAGCUACCAUCCUCUACAAACAUGGGCUUCCCAGGCCAAAGUUAUGUGACUGAAAAAAUUUACAUGCUGCUACAGCUCUAUCUGCAGAACAAGGGAUGGAAUCCCUCUGUAGAAUUAUUGCAAUGCUUUACGGAACUUAAGGAAUCUUCAAUGUUGCCAAGUGCUGCCUAUUUACAAAUGAUGGCAAGUCGUGUGGCUUUAGAUUCACAAGGUAGAUUGAUUUUAAGAGAAAAUGGAAAAAUUAUUCUACCCUUUGAGCACUUUGCUAAUGCUGUUAUGUUGAAGCACAUGAAUGGACCACAUGGUUUGCAUCUGGGGAUUGAAGCUACUGUCAGAGCUGUGAUGGAUUCAUAUACAAUUGGACGUGAGCAAUUUGGAAUGGAAAAGGAAUUCAUUAUAGAAGUUGUUCAGAAUUGCCCGAAUCCAGCGUGUCGUUUUUACAAGAAUCAAAUGGAACUUACGCAGAAAACCUUUCAACAUCUAGCAAAUCCAAACUUCAUACCAGAAUCUCAAGCUAACAAUUCAGAUAUUAGGAACAGCAAUUUCAACGCUGAAUUUCCAAUUCCCAUUCCGCCAAAUAUAAAUUCGCACAUUGGAUUGAACGCUGUGGACUUAACCGGUCAGAACAAUCUCGAAGGUAAAAGCAGUCAACCUAUGUUGGAUAGACCCAAGUCCGUAGCACCGAGUCAGCAACAAAUAACAGCUGCUUUAAUACAGCAACAGAACCGAGUAAUUGCACAACAAAACAUAGAGAAGCUCAAUGCAAAUUUGGAAAAGCAAAGACAGCAGUUGCAGUUGCAACAGCAACUGGAUAUGGCUAAAGGACAGCAAAAGCAUUUCGAAAUGCCACUAGAACAUAAAAUAACGGAUUUUUUAAGAGCGAAUUUGGACAGUUUAGAAGGCUUGUCUUCGUCGAAUAAAGACUUGUUGGCUUUGCAUAAUGGCGCGUGGGCGAACAACGGGGGUCCGACUGAGGAUAAGAGGAAUUCAGAAGGAGGACAGGAAAAGAUCGUCAGAGCUUUCGGUGAAGUCAUGAAGAAUAUGGCACGCAUGAAAACUUACGUCCGACCGGCCAUGUGCAAACCGUACGGAAAGCAGUCUGAAGCUUUACAAAAGACGUUAAUGGACACUAUCCAAUUAAUACAGUCGCUGCGAAGCUUCUUGCCACCUCCUCAUAUACAAGUUAGUUCCUGGAAAAACGAAGACAAGCAUCGCUAUGAGGAAACUUAAGUAUUAUUUUCAGUUUAUUCGCCGCUUAAUCCUUUUGAAGGAUUUAAAAAUUUUAAUUUAUUUUAUAGUUUUUCUUCUUAAGAGGAAAAAAAAAUGAUGAAGAGAAAACGAAACUAAUUUUCAUUUUAGUUUGUGAUAAAAUUGUACUUAUUUGAUUUUUUUGGUUUUCGAAUUUCCUAUUAGUUAAGGAAAGGUGUCGAUGAUGACUAAAGAGAAUGAAAAUUUAAAGUAAGGCCAGAUUUGUUUCGCUAUCAAAAUUUCUAGUCAAAAGAAAAUCCGGAAUUUGUGCAAACUGUGAUAUAUAUUUUAUUGGCCAAACUUUGGUAAAGAAAUUUCAGUAUUUAAUUUUAUUAUUAUUAUACCUAUUAAUUUUUAAAUUUAAACGAUGCUCUCUAUAAUUGACAUAUCACCGAAGUUUUAAGUUCAUGAAUCUGAGCCAGUGUAUAAGACUGUUUUUUUUUGUUUGUUCGGAGAGAGGAUAACUUUGUAUUCUUUUAUAUAUGUACAUGUAAUAUAUAUAUUCAGAAAACACAACUUUAAUUUUAAAUAGUUGAAGUAGUUUCGUAAAGUAAGAUUUAAUGGCUAUAAAGGUAUUAGUAAUCUCGUAUAUUCUUGCCUCCCCAAGAAGAAAA